AUGGCGGUGAGGCACGCUUCGGGUGCGUCGGCGUCGUUUUUACCGGAAAGCCUCGUUAUGCAUGCCAGCCUAGAGCUGCAACCUGUCCUCGCAAGCCAGUACGACCGAAAGCGCACCGAGUUUGUGAUUCACGCGCUUGAAAUCAUACCGUGGGCGCAAACUUAUGAGGACAAUGAGAAACGGGCGCCUCGGUCAGUUAAAGCUGCAGUGGCAGCAGCUACCGCCACCGCACGCACAGACACCAGGGUUUGCAACAUCUGUAGCACAGUCGGGCACAUCGCGCGCACGUGUCCCAGUCGUCCAAAGAACGAGGACGAUGAAGAGACGCCUCGAUGGGCGCUUGCUGGAAUCGUAGCAGGUUGCAUAACGGAGGAGGACUCCAUUGUCGACUCCGGCGCCAGCGCCCACCUCGUCAAACACAGCAGCAUGCUGUACGCUGCGGGUGACGCGACGCGGCAAGCGCGACUGCGCGAAAAGGUUGACGGCGAGACGCACUGGAUUGAGCUGCGAAAUUUCAACCACGCGCCGAAGAUGGCCAUUAACCUCAUCUCCCUCGGCACACUCAUGCUACAGGGCUGCAACCUCGCCGGCAAGAACAACAGGCACGCAGUGAUGAUCGACGACGACGUCGUGAUGUACUUCCACCUCUAA